AUGCCGGCUGCGGAGAGGGCUUCUUCUUCCUCACAGCGACCUCAUAGUAGCGCCAAGCCCUACGAUCCCAGGCAAGAUGCAGUCGAGAAGCGCGAGGUUAGGAAAGGAUACCGAGGGCUGAUAGCAGAGGUGGAGGAUGCUGGAGGCAAUUUGGGAGAGAUCAAGGCAGCAGACUUGACCGAAAUGGUGAAGCGGGCAGACGAAUUCAGGUCAAAAGUCAAGGCGCCCAAUGAAGGUGUCUUGGACUCCCGCUUUCUCAUCAGAGUAUCCGAUGUAGGCGCACAAAUGGCACGUAGUAUGAAGCUCAACUCCAAUGCCUUUGACAUCGAUGAGUACAUCACAAGAGUCGCCCGCUUCAUUGGAGGGGCGGCUCGGCGGUCUGGCGGACAUGCAAAUGACGAUGAGGAUGAGGACGUGAUGGAUCUGGACGAUGACGAUCUAGACUCGUGGAAUUGGCAGAGGCUUGGAACUAUUGCGGCUGGUCUGACCAAGCGAGCACCGACAAUGGACCAUCUGGUCGGUGCACUCAGUGUCCAGACCAAGGAGCGAGCCAGCAAUCGUCGCACCAAUAGGCUAGAGCGAGAUGAGGAGGAAGUACGACCAGAAACGCUCAAUGAGGGCGAUAUCCAGAAGAGCGAAAAUGAGACAACGAAGCUGGUUCAGCACAUUGCUAAGCUGCUUGCCGAUGUGGGAGGAGGUAAUGGAUGCAAUCUCUUCGAGUUUGCAAUCAACCCGGAGAGCUUCUCAAAUACGGUAGAGAAUCUCUUCUACAUCAGCUUCUUGGUCAGGGAUGGCAAGGUCUCAAUCGACUACGAGGACGACGGGGAGCCGAUCAUUCUGAGAAGCGAAGCCCCAACAGAGGAAGACUAUGCCGCGGGACUGAAGAAGCGACAAGUCGUCAUGGAGCUCGAUCAGGCUACUUGGAAGAAUCUCAUCAAAGCUUACGACAUCAAGCACUCUGUGAUACCCACACGUAAGAGCGCCACGACGGCCCGGACUGGCAAGUGGUAUUGA